UGAAACCCUAGCGGUUAAAAAACAGAAGAAAAAAAUAAACAGAAAAAUAAAAAUCAAAAUUAUUGGGAAUUUCAAUUUCGGGGAUUCUAUUAGGGUUUCGAAUCCACAAGUCAUUCUCAAACCCUAAUCUGCCAAUUCGCACUGGUGAUCUUCUAUGUCUGUGGGGAGAAUCGAUUGUUUUGUGGCAUUCGGGAUCAGAUCCAAGGAAAAGGGCCAGAUAUGUAUGAUGACAUGUGACAAUUAGGGGAAUUUUGUUGUGGGCGUUUGUUAUGUUGAUUUGCCAUGGAAAGCAGAACAGAGAACUCCAAUGGCACUACAGUUCCCAAACAAUCAAAAUCUCUGGAUCUUAAAAGUCUAUAUAAAUCAAAAUUGUCUCUAAACACUUCAAAGAAGAACAUAAAGAGGAUUAACAGUAGUAGUGGGAAUGGUGAUGAGAAGAGGAAUAGAAAGAAGGCUAAAAGAGAAGUCUCUUUAAGUAGCUUAGAAAAUGGUGAUGGUAGCAGUGAGUUGAAGUUAGGGGUCAGUCAGAGAUUGAAUAGUAGUGUGUCAAAUAAAGUUUCAUUUGGAGUUUGUGGUGAUGAUUUUCACAUUCCCAAGAGGAAGAGGAGUUUUAUGCGGAAGAAAAAAUCAGAGCCUGGGCAAGCAUCAACUUUGGUGGAGCAUCUCGAUUGUAGAAGUGGCUAUGUCCAUCCUGUGCCAAAGUUAGGUAGUGAUGAUGAUUUGGGCAGUGGGGUUGAAUCUUACAAGACUAAGCAUAAGAAAGAAUUUGAUGAAUUUAAUAAGGAAAAUAGGAAUAGUGAUUCAAAUUCAGUUCAAAAUUUUAAGGAGAAUGGGAUUUGUGCAUCUCAUUCUGUUGUAAAUAUUGAUGGUGGAGAUUCUGCUUUGAAAAAGUCACGAAGGAAGAAUAGGAAACGAAAGACUUCAGCUUUAGAUACAACUAAGGUUUCGAAGGAGGUUGAACCUUUGGUUUCGAGUUGUAAAAUAUCUGAUGAUUUGCAAGAAGAUGAAGAGGAAAAUCUUGAGGAGAAUGCAGCUAGGAUGCUAUCUUCAAGGUUUGAUCCAAGCUGUACUGGAUUUUCGACCAAAGGUUCAAAUGGUUUGUCAUUUUUUCAAUCUUCUAGUCAAAGUAUUGUUAACCGUGAUUUGAAGUUUCAAUCAGGUUCAGAAUCUGCGUCAGCUGAUACUGAUGGCAGAGUUUUGAGGCCUAGGAAACAAUAUAAAAACAAAGGUAAUUCCAGGAAGAGGCGCCAUUUUUAUGAAAUUCUUUUAGGUGAUGUAGAUGUAUACUGGGUACUGAACCGGAGAAUUAAAAUUUUUUGGCCUUUAGACCAGAGAUGGUAUUAUGGCCUUGUGGAUGAUUACGAUGAAGGAAGCAAGCUUUACCAUAUCAAAUAUGAUGAUCGGGAUGUAGAAUGGGUUAAUCUACAUACUGAGAGAUUCAAACUCUUGUUACUUCGUAGUGAAGUUCCAGGAAAUGCAAAAGGUGAAAGAGCUUUUACAAAACGUAGAAGUUCUGAUCAACAGAAGGGUAGCAAAUCCAGAAAAGAAAGGCAAAGAACAGAAGACAAUACUGAGAAUGCUCACCAUGGUGGGAGCAGUAUGGACUCAGAACCUAUUAUUUCAUGGUUGGCUCGAUCUUCUCAUCGGUAUAUAUCUUCUUUUCAAGGCAUUAAGAAACAGAAAACUUCUGUCACACUUCCAAGUACAAUGUCAUCAUUCUUAUAUGACGAACCUGUCACAUCAAAGGGACAAUUAUGUAAGCAUUCUCUGAAGGGUGUUGAAAAUAAUUUAUCCAAUGAUUAUGGAUCACAGGAUAAAUUAAGUGAUGAUUUUAAGAUGAAGUCUUCAUUGCAAAGUGCCACUCGCAGGAAAGAUGUAAAACAGCCUAUUGUCUAUUUCAGAAGGCGGAUUCGAAAGCCUGCUCUAAUACCCUCUCAUAUCUAUGAAGAAAAGCAUGCUAUUAGAAGUGCAUCUGGUUCUGUUUCACUUGACCAUAUGUUUGGGGUUGAGAAUAUGAUGAAUUCAAGGGAUGACAUGGAUGAAGUUGAGGGCCCAUUGUGCUUCACUUACAAGGCCGGAGUAUCAAAAGUAUUUUGGGACAUGGAAUCAUUAUUGUUCAGAUUUGGCUUAAAUUUUCCAAAUUGUUUCAUGUUGAAUAAUCAUUUUGAAUCUGAAAAUUUGUGGUUGCUUUAUCCCCUUUUUUUGCUCCAGUAUGGUACAGUUAUGACCAAUUGGCCUAGAGUUUGUUUGGAGAUGCUUUUUGUCGAUAAUGUGGUUGGGUUGAGAUUUCUAUUAUUUGAAGGCUGCUUGAACAUGGCUGUAGCCUUUGUCUUUUUUGUCCUUAGGUUAUUUCAUCAACCUGCCUGCCGAGGGAAGUAUGUUGACUUGCAAUUUCCAUGUACAUCUAUUGGAUUCAAGUUUUCUGGUCUUCAUGUGAUUAAGAAGCCGCUUGUUUUUGAGUUCUAUAAUUUCUCUGGAGUGAAUAAUUCUAAGUGGACGAACUUAGAUUCAAAGCUUAAGAGGCAUUGCCUUCUGAGUAAGAAGCUCCAUCUUUCUGAAUGCACAUAUGAUAACAUCCAGGCACUUCAAAAUGGAUCAAGUGGGUUGUCCAUAACUUCUGUCAGUGGGUCCUCCGCAGUCAAGGUCAUGCGGAGGGGCAGGCCAGGGAUUAACAUCAUGGGUAUUUCCAAAGUGUCUACUCAAGCUGAUAUUCAUCAGUAUUCUGAUGUUGGUGAGAGGAAACUUCCUCCAUUUACUCUUUCUUUUGCUGCAGCACCUACAUUUUUUGUUUGUUUCCAUCUCAAGUUGAUGAUGGAGCAGUCUGCAACUCAUAUUAGCUUUUCUGAUCACGCACCGGAGUUUGAUCAGGAGGACCCUAGUUUGGGAACCAAUGGAUGUACCAGCACCAAUGGUUGCUCAAACCGGAAUUCUGAAAUUAUCCCGAGGAAAGAUAUUGAGAUUUUUUCCAAUGGUGCUGCAAGUGAUGGAGGGUCUUGUAAUGACUCAGAUCAUCCCUCUACCUUUAGUUAUCAAAUUCUCUCUCAAAAGUACCAGAACAUUGGUCCUACCAGUUUUGGUACUUCCAUUUCCCAUUUUUCUGAGAGGCUCGGCACAACUCACUUACCCAAAUGGCAAUCACACCAUAUGGAGCAAGGGUUAGGCUCUUUACCUUUGAGUUCUUUAGUUUGUCAAGAUAAGGAUGAUGAUGGUUCUCAUUCUUUUAUUGGUGAUCUCAGUAUCCAAAUUCCUGCAGUUGAUCAAUUUGAGAAACCUGGUGGUGAUGAUGAUGGUGAUUUACGUGAUGCUGAACACUCUCCUGAUAUCUCUUGGAAUGGAGGCGUCAUGCCAAGCUCUAAUUUAACUGCUCGUAGAAAUUCUUGGUAUCGGAACCCGAAUAGUUCCUCAUCAUUGGGAUUUCAGUCUCAUGUGUGGUCUGAUGGAAAGGCUGAUUCACUUUACAAUGAUUUUAACAGUGGACCUAAGAAACCACGCACACAAGUAUCAUACUCAGUGCCUUCUUCUGGUUAUGAAUUCAGUUCAAGGCCGAGAAACCAUCAUCAGAAAGGGCUUCCUCACAAACGAAUUAGAAAGGCCAGUGAGAAGAAGUCAUCAGAUGUUGCCAGGGUCCCUGAAAAGAAUUUUGAAUGCGUAUCUUGUGGUGCAAAUGUCUUGAUUACUCUUGGUGAUAAGGGUUGGAGAGAAUCUGGGGCCCAUAUUGUACUAGAGCUGUUUGACCACAAUGAGUGGAGACUUUCUGUGAAACUUUUAGGAAUUACUCGGUAUUCAUACAAAGCACAUCAGUUUCUGCAGCCUGGAUCAACAAAUCGAUACACACAUGCAAUGAUGUGGAAAGGAGGGAAGGAUUGGAUCUUGGAAUUUCCUGAAAGGAGUCAGUGGGCUCUUUUCAAGGAGAUGCAUGAGGAAUGCUACAACCGUAACAUCCGGGCCGCUUCAGUUAAAAAUAUACCUAUUCCUGGUGUUCGCUUGAUAGAAGAAAAUGAUGAUAAUGGAUGUGAGGCAACUUUUGUUCGGAGCUUUAUGUACUUCCAACAGGUUGAAACAGAUGUUGAGAUGGCUCUGGAUCCAUCCCGUGUUUUGUAUGACAUGGAUAGCGAAGAUGAGCAAUGGAUUGCAAAUGCUCUAAAUUCUGUAAAAGAUAACAGUGACUUGAGUUGGAUUUCAGAGGAGAUGUUUGAGAAGACAUUGGACAUGUUUGAAAAGGCAGCAUAUACUAAGAAGCGUGACCAGUUUACUUCUAAUGAGAUAGAGGAACUCACGGUUGAUGUUGGGCCUUUGUCUAUUGUCAAAAUCAUAUAUGACCAUUGGCAGGAGAGAAGGAAGAAGAGUGGAAUGGCUUUAAUACGGCAAUUUCAGCCCCCUCUAUGGGAAAGGUAUCUGAAACAAGUGAGAGAGUGGGAGGUAGCCAUGACAAAGAACAAUACCCAUUCCAAUGCAUGUGUGGACAGGGUUACAACUUUGGAGAAACCGGCCAUGUUUGCUUUCUGUAUGAAGCCUAGGGGUUUGGAAUCAGUGAACAAGGGAUUGAAGAAUCGAUCCCAAAAGAAGAUUUCAGUAUCUGGGCACGCAAACAGUAAUCUAGAUCAGGAUGGCUUCCGAAGAAGACAUAAUGCCUUACCCUUUGGCGAUGAAAAGUUCCUAUACCAAGGCCAUUAUUACGAUUCUUUUGAUGAAUCACCAUUGCCUCUGACCUCACCAAGGAUGUUGGUACCACGUGAUGCUGGCAGCUUGAAAUACCAUCCUACCAGUAAAGGAUCGGGUUACAGAAAUCAUGUCCCAAAAUUUCACCAGUCUAGAUAUGAUGUGCCUCAUAACAGGCAUCACCUGCUUGCUGGCCCCAAGAGGCAAGGGAUUGAACAGUUGGAUACUUCUGUCCUUGAGGAGUUAAGGCUACGAGAUGCCGUGGCUGAGGCUCGUAUUAAACGGCACAUGGCUAAGUUGAAGAGAGAUAGGGCUACAAGAUUGCUAUAUAAAGCAGAUGUAGCAAUUCACAAGGCCAUUACAUCUCUAAUGAUUGCAGAAGCAAUGAAUGCUUCUUUGGACUCACUUGGUGAAAUUAAAGCUUCGGAGUACUAAUCUGGCAAAUCACAUGGCCUUUGGUUUUACUUGGUCAAGAGUUGUGGCCUUCUUUCCAUUAUUCGGGUGUUCAAUAGAGAACUCAAAUUCACGAGAAUCGGGUUCAGAGUAACUGUAGCACUGAUCUGCAUGAAUAGGUCUAUGAAGUUUUGACUGCCUACCUAUAUUUGUACAGAUUCCCUCCCCCUUCUCAGUUUCAAACAUUCAAUAUAAAAAUAGAAAUCGGCCAAUAAUACAACACCACUUUGAAUUGCAAGUAGUACUGUUUCUUUCAUAGGUUUUAGAUAAUAGUGGAGUGGUGUAUGUCUCGCAGUUGAUCUUUCCAUUCAAUUUUUACCACUAGCACUGCUACAUGCUGUGCUUAUAAAUACUGGAAAACACACAUUUACCACUGCUACAUGCUGUGCUUAUAAAUACUGGAAAACACACAUUCAAUUAGAAGUUUACAAUUAUAGAAAUUGAUCAUAAAUUCCUUGUAGAUACGAUAUUGUACUAUUUUUUUUUGAAAACUAUAGGACUUGUUAAGAAAAAAGAUUAUUUAUACCACAAUCUCGUCAAGUUUUCUAGUGUCAU